GAGGAGGAGGAGGAGGAGGAGAGCGAGUGAGCGCACAAGUGACGGCUGAAAGUGCACGAGAGCGUGCUGAGGAGGAAAACAGGUCAGGGAGUGAGCGUGGAGGAGGGAAAGAGUGGAAUACGGAGAGGAAGGUGGAGCACCGAAAAAGAGGAGAGUGUACCCAUUGACCUGCAUCUUGUCAAGACUGAGCCGCGCACACAGAAAUCAUGGCUAACCUCACAACAACCAUACCCCCAAGCAGCCUCCCGGUGCACCCGGAGGGCGUCCCCCUGGCCCACGUCUCCCUGCAGGUCCAGGAGGUCUACCCGUUCCACGACGGCUGGAACGUGGCCUGUUUCGUCAUCCUCCUGCUUUUCAUCCUCACCGUCCUGUCCCUGGCGGCCCUGGCCGUGCUCUACGAGAUCCUGGACUGCGGCUGCUGCGCCAAAGGGAAAACACACCACCAGCUGCAGGAGGAAGGGCCGGGAAGCUGCAGCAAACUGAUGACCAGCAUUUGCAAGGAGCCAGAAUCCCACACCGAGGUGGUAUAGGGGCAGAAACGUGGGUUUCGUUGCCGUGAUGGGCAAUACCCCAGAGUUCACCCCGAUUCCACCAAAAAAAAAAAACAAAAAACGACUUUUUAUGACUGCCUAAAAACAGUUCAGUUGCUCACAGUUAGGAGCAGGCCGAGAGAAGAGGCACAACAAUGUACAGGAGGAAGGCGACGGUGGUUUGGAGUGGAUCUAAAUUGCUUUUCAUAUCAGUUUUGAGAGAAUCUUUACACAUCCACAGCAGAACCCCGAGAGACAUGUUUCACACCAGAACAACUAUAAGAGAGAGAGAUCACCCCCAGUAGAAAAUAAAUGAUAGGGACACACAAACACACACAAGUUUGCAGUGCUUCAGAUUGGAUGUUGUGGUAGAAUGUGUCACAUUAAGUGGGCCUUAUCUUCCUCUGCUUACUUCAUCAGAGCAUAAAGUUGCAUGGCCAAAACAUUUUAACAUGAAUAAACCCAAAUCUGACCAAAUAUCAAAGAGUUUACAAUAACAAGCAUUCACGUUCAAAGACGUCUACCCUGUGUUUAUUACACGAUAAUUGUGGCCUCCUGGAUGCUAAUCAUGGAUGGAUGCUUCUGAGACAAGUUGUACAUAAAAAUGCCGUCUGAAGGACUUGAAUCGUGUGAUCAAGCUUUGCUGGACCUGAUAAUAGCUUUGAAUAAAACCUGUAUUUUUUCCUCUUAUUCAGUAAAUUGUACGCCAGUGUUGUCAAAAUGUUUAGCACUGCAGUAUUAUGCCAUGACAAGUUUGGUUACCGCACAAUAGUUCAUGUUUUACUGAGCACAGUGUAUGAUUUCCUAAUUAUGCCUUACCGCAAAAUGCCUAAUAAACUGUCACUGAGUUA